AUGCAAUAUAUGCACGUCGUGUUCAUUAAAAGGUGCUUGUAUUCGGCAGUAGUAGGCCUCAAAAAAUUGGGUUAUUGUCGCUCGGUAGAAUAUUAUAUAGAAACCGCACGUGAAAACAGUUUUGGUAUAGGUAUCACAAUGAAUUUCGGUUGCGUAAUUAUUAUCAAACGCCGUACGUGUCUCUACUAUAUAUCUACGGUGUCGAUAGGUCUCGGCAUAAUGUAAUGAUCCUUAUUUUUUUUUUUUUUAGAACUAUAGGUGUCAAGGAGAUUUUCUCUUUAAAAAAAAAAAAUCUAUACCGAUCAAAUGCUCAUACAGGUACUAAGGGAUCGGUGCAAUAAAAAUAAGGCAAAUUUCUGAUAUUUUCGAAUAAAACAAUAAACACUAUAUCAGUGGUUCCCAAACUGUGCGCCGCGCCACCCAAAGGAGACGCGAGCACUAAACAAGGGAGGCGCAGCGCGCGGUUAGAAUUUUGUACACGUAUAGUUAUGUUUAGAUCAAUUAUUAUCUUAUCUUAUCCAUCCGAUUCUUCACUACGAAUGCAAUUUUCUUCAUAUUCACUUAUGGAAUUUCGGAACAGUAUUAAAGACGAAUAUCCUGAUGUUAGCAACAAAGCUUUAGGUAUAAUAAUACCAUUUGGCACAUCGUAUUUGUGUGAAACAGGUAAACUGCUUUCAACAGUAACCGUAUUAAAAUCAAUAUAUCGGUCCAGACNACAAGCGCAUUGUUCGCAUUAAUUAUUUUGUAUAAAAUAAAAUAGUAAGUUUACUGUUAACUAAUAAAUAUUAAAUAAUUGUUAACCUAUUUUAUUAAACAUUCAUUGCGGGAGGCGUGAACAAUUUUUUAUUAUUAUUAGGGAGGCUUGAAUUAAAAAAGUUUGGGAACCGCUGCACUAUAUAAUCUAGUGAAACGAAAAUGUUCAAGUCCGUCUAUUAGGUACAAAAAAAAUAGUAGUAUGGACGUGACUACCUAUGUCGUGUGGUGUUUCAACAAAUUCUGGGCAAAUAAAAGACAAGUCCGUGGACUUAAUUGAAAUAACCAUUCGUCAUACUGUAGUAAUUAUAUUUAUGUUUGAUGAUUAUAUGCUUGUUUAAUAAUAAAUGUUUAAUAUUAUUUCACCUUGCUUAAUCUAAUCUAGCCUAAAUUGAACUUAAACGCUGUACAAAAUAUUUUUCCUUCUCCGGAACAAUUUCGAAAAUUGGAUUUGUCUUGUUAGUGUUACACUCACUCCGAAAUAUACAUUUUUUUCCCAGGAAAUGUUACUCAUUUGUAUGAAAAUAAAUCAUAUAAUCCUUUCAUAUUUAUGUUUGAAUUGUACACUAAAAUAAUAUGAAUAUUUUAUACUAAUGUAGGUGGUUAUUUUUUUUUGUUGCAGAGAACAAUACUUGUUUAAUGUGUUCGAAGUUAUCGUAUCCACGUUAGAGACGAAACUCCAGAGAAUAGAAAAUCUUGACAAGGCCGUUGAACACCUAAUGCGCCGAGUGGAAGCCUUGGAUUCCAGAGUGACCAACAACAUCGACAAAACCGAAGCUGUGAUCGGUAAAUUGCGAUCCUUGGACACGAAACUUUUCCAAAAGGAGCCGGGCACCUUAGGUCACCAUCUUGAGACCAAGUUGACGACUUUGGACCGAAAAGUAGGCGACAUUGACACCAAGUUGGUCGGUCUGAAGAGUCAGCUGGACAAUAAUUUCUUGGCGCCUGCCGAUGACAUUAACGCCGAAGCGAGUGAGAAGAAACCUGUGAACGUGCACCACUUGGACGUGACCAAGCUACUCAACACCCAAAUGGACACGAUCCGAAGCAACACGGCUAACAUCGAUAGAAAACUGCAGUUCCACAUAAAUAUGGUGUCCGACGGACUAGGAAAGAUAAUCAGUAUGGUAACGGAUGUUCACGGUGCGAUCGUUGAACAAGAUCAUAACAACGGACGACCGGGCGCGAUGGCCGCUAAUAAAACAACUACAACGACGCCGGCACCGGAACGGACCAACAAGAUCGAUCAGUUGGUAAAACAAAUGCAUCCGAUACUGAGUGUCAGUGAGAAAAUGGACGAGGUGUGGAAUGUGGUGGUCGGCACCAAGAGCUCAGUAGAUGACUUGGUGCCCAAGUCAGAUGAAUUGCUGACGCAAACGCAACGCCAGGAGCGAGCCAUUAGUGACAUACAUGAUGAUUUGCGCAUGAAUACCAACAAGAUCAUCGCCAACCUGGACGUAGUGGAACGAAGGCUAAAGAAACAGGAGGAUGACGUGGUUACGCUGGCUCAGCGUCCAGUUCCGGCGGAACUUCUUCGGCUAGACCCGACCAUUGAUGAGUACGGCAGAUAUGACGAACAGCUAUCUGAGUCCACGUCACCCGCUGCGGUAUCUGCAUCAGCGCAAUCGUUUACGACACCCACUAGUGUCGGCGGUCCCGGUGGUCCGACUUCUGGUCCACCUCCCGAUAUCCAGCUGUCCAUCCAAACGUCCAGGAACGCACCACAAAAGAACAGAGGUGUGGUUUUCCCGAGCGUCAAAAACAAACCGCCGCCGGCCAACAUCAGUUUCCUCACCGACCAGUUCAACCGCGAAGUAAAGGUGAGACUAAUUUUAUUUUAGGAACCAACAUUAUAUUAUAUUUAUUACAGUGUACCUGCAGAGUAUAUAAAAAUAUAGGGUGUAGGCGAUGAGUAUAGUAGAGCGAAAAUGCUUAUAAGUGGAUGAGUAGAGUCAUGAAAAGAGUCACAAUAAAACAUUAUAGUUAAGAUAGAGUAGCAGAGCAUUUAUAUUGGGUAUUUUUUCAAUAGUUGACAAAAUUAGAAAUAAUAUAGACUAAAGAAUAGCAAAGUGGUGAAAAUAGGAUAGAAAAAAAAGUUGAGAAUGAUACGAAGAUUGCGACUGGGUAUAUAUGAUGUGAAAAGCCGACACAAGUCAGGAGUGUCAGGACCAGAUUCACCGACUCUGUAAUAAACCGUUUUGAAUUUUGCGCGUUUUAUCGAUUUUAGUAGAUCAUACAAAUCUCAUCGAAUCAAUAACUGUAUUUAUGUGAGAAUAAAUAGUUUGAUUGUUGUAAAUAUAGUAAAUUUAAAACAAAUGUAUGUAUAUAUUAUACAUGAAGUAUAAAUGAGAAAACAGUUUCAGUUAUUUUUUAACAUACCGCUCGUUAAAAAAUGAGUUUACUUAUGCCAUCGUUACUGCGUAAAAGAUUUACCGUAAGAUUAAACGCGUGUGUAAUUAUCGCUAUUUAUAAUUUACUUUGUUGCACAAAACGCUAUUUAAACUUUAACGGUAUAAUAUAAGUUGCUGCCCACUAUAUACCGAGAAUUUUCGUAUCUUUUAUCUCGAGCAAACUCGAGUAAUUUUUAAACGCCAUCGUCGUUCAAUUAAUAUAAUAGUUGUUACAUAUUAUUAUUAAAUUAACACAUUUAACUAACUAUCUGAUGGAAAUAUUUUCUCUGAUUAUUAUUAUAACAACUCACGAGCCACUAUUCGACUUUUUAAUGAAUAUACUACUUUAUAUAAGGUGGGUACGUAGGUUAAACGAUUCGAAUAUUAGGGCAUACAUUAAUUAGGUACUCAGAUUAGUUGGAAGGUAGUUAUUUCGACAAGCGAAACGAAACAGAACGAAAAAUUGAUUCGGAUCGAUUUAAACCUAACCUAACCUACCCAAUACAAUACGUAUACUGCAGUUAGGAGGUUACUUAAAUAUUUACAAUUUUUCGUAUUAUUUAAAAACUUUAUACAUUAAAUCUCGACUUAUAAUAUACGACUACACACAAACAGUUAAAGGAGGGAUAGGAGGUUUGUUUCGUUCGAUUUGGACAGUAGUUUUAUUCAUUAUCUGUUGUUAUGAUUCAUUUUAAGGGCCAAUUAAAAAAAAAAACAUUCCACUUGAUUAUUUCCUACUUUCCUAUAUUCAACUUGUUUAACUAUGCCAACUUUAAUAGCAAAAUAUGCACCGUGCAUCUAUACAACAUACUAUGGCGUUCUUAAAUCUAUACGCGAAUAAUAUUGACACAUAACAUAACCAGGAAUAAGAAAGAUAUUUCAAAAUAAUAGUAUCUAUAGAUACUCGGUACUUGCUAGAUACUUUGAUUUUCAGUAUUCAGACACAAAGAUACUAUAGAUACUUAUGUAUAACAAUAGUAUUGCAAUAUAAUAUAACCGAUAUACUUACAUUCGUUGUAUUUAAAUACUAUAGAUAUUCUAUUCUCUAUACAUUCGAUUUAAAUUAAAAUAUUAAUCCAAUUUUGCAUUUAUUUUGCAAUAUAUUAUUAACUACGCGAUGAUGAUGGUUAUUUAUUUGGAACAUUAAAAUUUCAAAUUUCAAAUUUCCAACUGUUCCCCGUCUUUUUGUACAAUCACUUUCAAUUUAUACAGUAUUUUUGGUAAACCUAAAGGGAAAAUAAUUGACCCAGAUUGCCCUCCAUUCAGGGUCAAAUAGUUCAAAAUAAGUAUCCGUAGAUACUCGAUACAUUAAUUACAGUAUAUAAUCGAUACUUUCCAUAAAUGUAACGCGAUACAAGAUACAAUAUUGUACUUGCACUUUAUACUUGUACCAAAGGUUCUACUCAAUACCCUGAACAUAACGAUAGCUGAUGUAUUUUAGGAAACAGCAGCAUAAUAUUUCAAAUGUACAACGACGCGUGUAUUGUACUGAUAAUAAUAUUAACAAACCGGUGGGUGUUACAAAAGUGACUGAAUCAAUAUACCAACAAGAAACUCGCACGUGUUGUAACCAAAAUGGAAGCAGUAUUAUUAUUGAUAUUGCUCUUAUUUUUCUGCCAGGCUUGCGAAAUAUGGUUUUAAGUAUACCAUUGGAAAACGUGGGCAAUACCCGACAGGCACGUUUUUAACUGUUAAACUUAUUAUGAUUGUGGAAAACAGUCCGAUAGAAACUAUAUAUUAUACUAUAUACAUACUGCAGAUACUGACGUGAAUAGAUAAACGUUUAUUAUUAUUAUUACCUUGAAAUUAGAAUUAUUACGAUACGCUUUUCUUCUCGGGUUAGGUGAACGUAUUAAUAACAAUAUUCGGAAUAUCGAUUAUUCAUUAAAAAAAAAAAAAAAAAAACACUUUUUUUGGAUCUACUCUAUCAUAUCAAAUGAGGAAAAAAUAUUAUAAAUAAUUAUAUAGACACACAGAUGAAAAAACCAAUAUAAUAGGUAGAUCGAUGUUGUUGUGUUUUCCUAAAAAAAAAAUUUGUUUUUAUUUGUAUAUAGUAAAUAUUUACUAUAAUUUUAAGAAUAAUAUAGGUAUACAAUAAGAGCAAUAUUUUACCACGUUUUUAAAUUUUAAUAAGCGAUCCUUGAGCUACUUAUUUUAUAUAGUAAUAUAAUAAUAACACACAAGCGUAUACAAAGAUCAGUUCAUAUUUCGUAUAGGUAUACUGUAACUGUACAUUGACUGAAUAACGAGCUUCUCGAUUUAAUAUUUUUCACUUGUAAAAUUAUUGUAUUUUAUACUACAAAUAUUGUAUAAUUAGAAUCUGAGUGUAGCGAAGAAGCUACAUUAGUUUGUAAAAAAGUUCCGAUUUUUUCACGCUACACUUUUAAAUAUACGAAUUUUUUCCCAAGUAAUAAUUUAUUUUAAAAAUUCCCAAGAUUAUUUUUAUAUAAUUUAUAAAUGACUGACAGUAAAUAUCUAUUCAUAGAUUUUAUUUUUUUUAUUAUACCCUGACUAAAAGGGCGGAAAAUAUACUACUAACCACUUAACACUACUUGGCUCGGAAUCGUUAUUUUUUAAAAUGAUUUAUCGUUGCUUUCAGUAUACAAGUAAAAUUACUCUAUACCAUCGCUACACCGUUCAAAUUUCCCACCUAUUCUUUAGUGGCUCAUAUCCAUGGCGUGAAUUAUGUCGGGGUUUUAAACUUAAAAAAAAUUCAAUAUAAUAUUUAAACUUAGUUAUUUUAAGUCUUUCGGAAUCUUCAAAAAUGUAUAGCUUUGUACUUUUGUAAUAGUAAGGUUUAUUUUUUAAUUUGAUAAAUAUUUGUAAAUUUGAAGACGAAAUGAAAUAAUACAAUUAUUACUUAUAUAUUGUCAGCAGGUUAUAACUAGGUUAAAUUCGAAUCCAUAUGAAUUAAUAAUUAACAGUCGAAGGGAAGUCAUGAAUACUGAAUGAAACGCCCAACGAAUCGAAACGAAAUAUACAAAUAGAUUUUUGUUUUUUAUCUAUAAAUAGUAAAAAUAAUAAAUAAUAACCGAUAAUAUUUUUAUCUUGACCUAUGUGAGUUUACGUUCAAGGGGAAAACAAACGGAUUGUUUCCUAUAAACUCUAUUCAUGAUAUUUUUCAACAAUCGGUUUGUUAUCUGGUUCGGGUAUAUAACCAUAAGUCCCUGGCCCCUAUCAAGUUGCGGUUUCUGUGUUAUGUCGUUUGGAGGUUAAACAAAUAGACAAAUUCGUAUUAUUGUAUAUUAUCAAUAACAAUCGAAAUGACGAAAACUAUCAACGAGUAAUUAUUUUAAAACCGGUAUUGUUUGGUGAAAGAUCAAAUAGUAUUGUUGAUUCAAAGUUUUUAGAAACUACAUCGUCUCUUAGUCACAAAAUAUAUUAUCAGUCUCAGAAAAAAAGAGUUCAAGUAAAAUUUGUAUAAUUUUCAAUACAGACAGAUUGAAUGUUGAAUAUACACUCUUAUAUCGUUAAGACCAAACAAUUAAAAAAAAAUUACAUAAAACAAAAUAAUAAAAAAAAAAUCCCAACAAUUGACUUAUGUCCUUUUUUUCUUUACACAAUUGCUUAUUGGUGAGGCUGAUGGCACAAUAGCCUUUUGUUAUCACAUAUCAUAUUACCAUCAUAAACCACUGUAUACUAUACCAGUAUCAUUGAGUAUCUAUCAUAACAGGUAAAUAAUAACCAACGUUAAUAUAAUUAAUAAUAUGAAAUAUCAGUUUUAACGGAUAUCGGUUUCCGCUGUUUCUAGUAUAAUGUUUAUUAUAAUAUCGGUCAAUGGUUUUUGCUAAAAUGAUUGAUUAAUUAUAAUUUUUUUAUAAAAUAUCGUUUAUUUCGACCGUAAAAAAUGAUAUCGGCUCAUCCCUAUAAAAUACACGAAUUGCGUCAAAAAGCGUCGGGACGCGAUCCGUGUGUUUUCUUGAUAAGUUUGCAAGUAUAAUAUUGUUUCCAAUAUUUUGUGCAGUGUGGUUAUCGCAUUAUUAAAUUCAAAAGGCGCGUCGUGGGAACAUAAUAAUAGUAUCAUUAUAUGAAAUCGUCGAAGGACGCGGUUUAUUUAGACUCCGAUUUGAUUUCCUUUCUAUAAAAUAUAUGUGCUGUAGGUAGGUACGUCCGAAACGGGGACAGGUCGUCCGAAGUCGUAUGUGCGACAAAUCGCUAUGCGCCACUAUAUACUAAACGAGAUACGAUUUCAAAAUACGAUUCGCAUAGUAAAACAAAUACGUGCGCUGAAAAUGGCGCGAUACAAUGACGACAGCCUACUAUAUCAUAUAGCUGUUGGCCGGCUGAGAACGACUGGUCGUAUAACGUUUAGAAAAAAGACAUCGAGAUCAUAAUCGACAAAUGUCGUAUAUUUAUUUAGAUCGACUGAAAACCGUUACGCGCGACGAGUAACGACAACGAUGGACGAAAUGUCAAAAUAUAAAAUUAUUAUUACCUAUAUCAUAAUUAUUGUUAUCACUGCGUUAUUGUACACUCGAGGCUUAUUUCUUUUACGUUUUUAGCCGACCCGAUCGGGUGUAUACCCGACUAACCUACUAUAUAAUACUAAUAUAAUAUCAUAUCUCCAAAUCCGACCCAACCUAUAUAAUAAUAAUAAUUACGGUUUGCGUGAUCCAGUGCAACUGUUAUAUAAAAAAAUAAGUCAUUGUUUUGUUAAAUAGCUGACGAGGGGGGACGAAUAUAAAUUAAUGAAAUACAAUUAAAACGAUCAAUAAUACUAUCAAAGUUGCAGGGAACUAACUAUUUUGUAGUUACAAUGUUAGAAUUAAUAGUUUGAACAUUGGUGGCCAAAUAAUCGCUUUAUUUGGCACGAUUGAUGCUUUAUCUGCAAUUUUCUUAUAAUUGUAAUCGUCAAUACUGCAACUAUUCUCUAGUUUAUUAUGAAUGUCAUAUUUGGAAAUCUAAUAACAGUUUUCGUUUAAAAUAUAGUAUUUAUAGGUUUCAGAAAAAUGUAUAUAUACUGAAUAUUUUUAAAUUUUUAUUACUGAUAAUAGAAAAUCAACAAAUAAUAAUCAAUGAUCCUUUUUUAAUUCUGAUAGUAUUUAUGUAUCUUUCCAUAUAUUUGUAUUCUAUUAAUAUCUCCCCUCAUUUUAAUUUUCAUAAUAUUUGCUUUACAAAUUACAAGGUGUACCAUCUGCCACUGAGCUUUAAAGAUACUUUUGUUGAUAACUUUAAAUUUAAUCAUUCGGUUUACAUUCUGAAUAAUUUAACGCGUUGUUUAAGAUACAUGAAAUAUGUUCUUCAAUUAUCCACUUAAAGGAGGAAGGACGCACGGAGACGGAAUAUUUAAACUAGUUUUCAGAAAUUUUAGCGUACCCAUAUUGUUUUUUGAAAUGAGAUAACAUGUAUAUUUUUGAUAAAUCAUUGCUACGCUCGGAAUCUAAACAAUUGUUUUUUGAAUGAAUAAGAUUUUAGUAUAGUGAUAUUAAAAAGAAAAAAAAAAUCAUGCUUAAUAUUUUCUAACUCAAAUCAGCGGUGUCAAAGUAUAAUAAAUUUACUAUAGCGAGUAUACAUGUUUAGGACCCAUCCAUUCUCAGUCUUGUAUGUAAGUUUGUAAAUAAAUAUGUAUACACGCUCUUUUUUUGGUUAAGCAAUUCUGUAUUUUAUUUUUCACCCCUAUAUAUUUAAGAGCCUAUAUUUAACUACAUCAAUUGUUUCACUACACCAUCAUAUACCGUCCGUACAUUUCAUUCACUAUGGCGGCCGCCAUACGCGGAGAUUGGGUUUGGCGACACUGACUAAAGUUAUUAUUUUCACUUGAAUUAUAGCAUCGGUAAUUUUUAACUAACUUAACUGUUUAAAGAGUAAAACAUUUUAAGUAACUUUUCCAGCUUUGAAUAAUAGUAUACAUUAUAUUUUCUUUAUAUGAUUAUAAUAUUAUAUACCAGCUGCUACAGCGUAUCAGUGAAUAUUAUAUUAUUAUAGCAUACAUUUUCGGUUAUAUUAUUAUAUGUGUUAUACUCGACACCGGUUAAUCGAUCGAUGUAAUGGAUUAUAAUAUGUUAAUUUGACAGCUAUGAACUCUCUUGAGAAAAUAAAACGUCAACUUUUACCAAUAAUAUUGACCAACUAUAUGCGUAUAUUGUAUAGAUCGACCGGAAGAUAUAAUAUGCUUAGAGACGGAUAUUUUGUAUCACAAUAAUUCUUUACACAAUCAUUUUUUAAAUUUAUUUUACUUCUCACAUUCCUACCAUCAAGCUGCCUAUACCAAGAAAUUCCCAUUUGACCUAUUCCAGUAGUUCUCGACCGGGGUGACAAAAACCCAACGUAAAGGUGACAUAAAAUCCUCGGAGAAGAGAAAUGAAAAUAACUUUUCUGUGUGUUGUAUUUUUUUAAUAAAAUAAUUGUUAUUUUUUUAAAAAAAAAAACUACAGUUUAAAUUGUAUAAAACCUAGUGUUUCAAUGCUUUAUUCAUAUUUUGAUGGUAGGACGACGGAGUGUUGGUUUGUUGUGUAUAAGGAUGACAUGAUCAUCAAAAAAGGUUGAGAACCAUUAGUCUAUCUGUGGUCGACUACUAAUCGUCCAAAACAACCACGACAAAAUGUCAAAAACUUUUAUUUUUUUUUCCAGUAAAAUCAUAAUGAUAGAUAUAUAGAAAAAAAAAUUACAUAAUAUUGCACGCAUUAUGUAAUUUUGUUUGUAGAGUAUUAUUAAUUAUAAAGCUGCUGUUACACACAGAUGUCUACGCGACUCGUAUAUAAUUAUAUUGUAUAUAGUUAAUAGUAAUUAUAUUAUACACUGUGCCUGCUGCUCGAUAUACAUCACGAUUAAAAUCCAAUACGGUGUGUCCAUCAGUAAUAAUAAUAUAAAUGCGAAAGCGGGUGUCCAAUUGUUGCUAAACCGCUGGAGACGGACAUAUAGACCACUAUUUAUCCCGGAAUUCGACCCAAAAGGGUAUUCAUUUAAAUUUCCCUAAUUGCGUUUAUCUGUUUAUUUCCUAAGCAAUUAUUUUCAUGUCAGGCCAACGGUAUGCGAUAUUGGAAAUGCCGUGACUACGUAUAUACGCUAGGAGAAUUGUGUUAAAUAUGUAAUGUGGAACGUGUGUAACCGGAUGUGCGGUGGAUGAUAGCAGCAGAGGAUAGAGCGAGACGGAGAAGAAUUUGUUUGGCGGUAUAGGUAUAAUCUUAAUCACCGGAAAACCAGAAGAAGAAGUAGAAGAUUUGUUUAUCUGGUCUUCUCCGCAUCCAAUGGUUACUCGGUUGUUGUAUACAUAUUUAUAAAAAAACACCAAUGAACAGCAGAACUCCGUCACUAUAAUAGGGUCGGAUUUUCCAGAUAGUGAUUAUAUAAAAAAAGAACGAAAUGCCGUUUAUAGACUUAAAAAAUAUUACAAUAUUACAUUAGGAACUAAUGUGUAUAGUUAAAAUCAUAGGGCAUGUCGUUUAAUAUUUAAAUACUGCAGCUAUACCAUAUAGUAUAAUUAUUUUAUUUUAUUUUUCAGGGAUUUUCAUGUUUAGACCUGUUAAACGCGGGAAUGCGACAGUCUGGAGUGUAUUAUUUGCAAAUCCGUGGCACGGCUUACUGGUACCUGAAGGUUUACUGCGAACAAGAGAUCGCGGACGGCGGUUGGACGGUAAGUUUUUUUCUUAACAUAUUCCAAAUACUAUCAAAUAAACAACAUUUCUAAAAAUAAUAAUAAUAAUAAUAAUAAACUGUAAAAAACAAUAUAAUAAUAAUAUGAUAAUAGCGAUAUUAUAAUAAUAAAAAUAAUGCACAGGCACGCGUCAUUGUUGUGCACACACACACACACACACACAUCUCAUUAUAAUUUGUUGGACAACCUCGACGGUUUCCGACGGGGAAUGAUGUAACCGUCACGAACUGUAAAACUACUUGUAUAUAAUGUUAUAACUGCUUUAGCUUUAUAAGAGACUGUAAGAGGGACAUUUUGAUAAAAAAAAAAAAUUCGCGCGAUUGCUAACACCCGACAUCGUUAUCAUCAACAUCCGUCCAAGGUCUCGAGUGGUCAGUGUACAUAUAUUAUAUGUAUACGUACUAACAUGUUAUAAAUAUUAUUAUACUAUGUUAAACGCUCGCGUACGUACUAUCAUUAUUAUCAUUAGCGUAUUAUUUGUAUUGUUAUUAAAAUAUAUCUAAAUGUAAGGACAUAGAAAAAGAAAAAAAAAAACUGUGUCGUAGACAUCGAACAGAAUAAUAUAAUACCUACGUAGAUAUAAGUUGAUUGACAUAAUGUUCCAUUUUUUUUUUUUUUUUAUUUAAUGUCGGCUGUUUUUACGCUUCCGAAAGACCGACUGACGCGUGGACCUUGAUGCUACUACAGCUAUUGAUAUACGAUUUUUAAAAAACCGUUUCGUUUUAUUACAUAUGUUUCAUUUUAAUCGGUCUUUAAUUGUCCGAAAUUCGUUCGAUAUCAUCACACACCUCCGCACAAAAAAUGACGACCUUCACGUCAAUGGGUAUACUAUACCUAUAGUUUCUCCGCACCAUUUGCGGUAAAACAUGUCGUCGUCGUCGUCAUCGUCAUUCUCAUCGCAAUAAUAUAACCAAAUGCUAAUUAGAGUUUAUAAACGCCCCUCAUCAAAAAUUUUAUCAGAGUCCAAUGCGCUAAGAAAAUGUCAGUCCUACACAUAAUACCAUUUCAAGACAAUUGCUAAUGGAAAUAAAGUUUCGGAUUUAAGGCAACAUUUUUUUUCGCAAUGCAUUUUAUAACCUUUUUUUAUUUGAGAAGGGGGCUUUUUGAAAUAAUUUCAAUUAGAUCCAAACUCCCUGCAGACUUCUCCCCUCAUCGUUUUAUCGUUACUUUAAAAUUAGUUAUUAAUAUAUUUGAAGCUUUAAAAAAGCUCAUCAUUAAAAUACUUUUGACUCUUUUUAGCCUUUUAUUGCCGAAGAAAUUACUAGUAUUAUUCGUUAAAACUACACAUAAUAUUUUAUUUAGAAUUGCAAUUAUUUUUGUGUGCGUUUUUGCUAGCCUUGUAAUAAAGUAUAAAUCCAUUAUUACUUUGAAAUCGCCCCAAUUUAAAACAAAACUCCGCUUAGAAUCUAAAAUCUGAAAGAAGAAUGUAAGAAGGAAACGAAAAAACCAAUAAAUUGCAAUUAAAAAUAAUUUUCUUAAGUUAAUUGUUUAUUUAAAUCAAUUAUAUAUUAAAGUUAAUCUUAAAAAACAAAUGCAGUUUAUUGUUUUCUAAAGUUGUUAUUUAAUGUUUCUUGCAAUCUCGUCUGAAACGUUUAUAUUUUUAUAAGGGUAUAAAUGAGAACACAAUAAUAUAAAACAAUUUAUGUAUUUAUGAGAAAUCUGUCAAAAUAAAUUUAAACUAAUUUAAAUACGCCUAUAGCUAAGACUAUUUGAUUAUUUCGAUAAAUCGAAAAAUUUAGCUCGAUUGAUCGAUCUUUUCGUUUAUUUAUUCAGAAGAAUAACCGAUCGUGAAAAAAAAAAAAUAACCGACAGCCCUACUUAUACGAAUAUAUACUUUAAUAAGAGCUACCUAUAGUCUUGCACUAGUACAAAAGUACAUUCGCUAUAAUUUCACACCUCUCUAUAAUAAAUAAUAUUAUAAUACGACCGCGGCCACACGUUCGCGGUGUUUAAAUUAUACUCGCCCCGGGUAAAAUAGAAAAAAAAAAUUCGACAAAUUUGUUCAAUAUAUUAUAAGUAUUAGGUUUUACACACACAAAACGUUGUUUGUUGUAAUAAUUAUUAUUUGGUUAUGUAUUUGUUAUUAUCGUGUAAUUAUAGUUACCUACCUGUACAUUGGCGCGAGUACGUGGUUUUCGUUAGCGAUAAAUGUGAUUAUAUAGAUUAUCGGGUAGGAUGUAAUAUAGGUAUAAACGAAAUAGAAGCAGUUCGUGAUUUGUGACGGAAAAAGAAUUUAACUUUUGUACAUUAAACAAAAAACAUAAUUACAUAAUAUAGGUAUUAUUAUUAUUAUGAUUAUUUGUACACGUUUAUUAAGACCUUAUAACUGCACCUACGUAUAACUUUUUUUUUUUGAAACAGUACAGGAGCGUUGAAAAACGUUUCUUUAUUUUUUGGAUUGUUGCACCAAAAAUUGUCCACAAAUUAUUCUCGUAUUUUCCGUGCAGCAAUGUGACAAAUUCAAUUAUUGAUGUGGAAGUUGUAACACGAUUAAACAAUAUUUUAGAUAAUUCUGGUCAAAAAACAAGACAACUCAAAGUAUUUUAGGAUAUAAAUAGUUUUCAAGUUUUAGGUAGAAAUUAAAUCUAGUAAUAAACCUGAGCCUUUUUUUUUUUUUAUUCUGGUCUAAUAAUGUAGCCGAAUUAAUCUUAAAAUCAAUUUUAUUACGACAACAAUAUUUUUAAAACCAUUUGUUUUCUUGUUUCUUUAAAAGGUUAUUUGAAAAAUGGAGCUGUCCUGCAAUUAUUACGCAAAGAUAUUAAUCUUAUUUGAUUACAAUAAAAUUAUACGGUUUGUGGAUCAUACAAAUAUUGAAAUAGCGAAUAAUUAUUUUCAAAAAAUUAAAAUAAUAAUAAUUGUCGGGUAAAUAGUUUUUUAAAAAAAAAUAAAUAUUUUAUCGAACGCAAAUGUAUAUAAUAUAGGUACACAAACAAUAAGGGGUAUAAUAAAUCAAAAAUUUGUAUAAAUUAUUAUUUGAACGUAUUUUUUUUAUUUUUUUUAAUACUUCGAUGUAUAAUAAUGUAUAUCGUAUAUUUUAACCGAGAAAGUAUAAUAAAUCAUUUUUUACGUGUCGAAUAUGCUUAUAACACACCGAAGAACGCUCAUCUGGUCUGCGUCAUAUAAUGCAAUUUACGUUAUUACGUAGUGCAGUCUGAACUAUUGCAUUUUUUUUUUUCAAUGUUAUAAAACAGAUUUUAAAUUGCCAAUCAUAAUAGUAGUAUUAACGUCAGUAACCUGUCACGUUAAAAUUACAAAUCAGAAAAUCGUAUAUAGACUAGACGGUUUAUAAUAUUAAAUAUUAAUACUGUUACUAUACAAAUUAACUAAUCAGUGACGUAUACAUAACAUUAAGGUAUUGGUAUAUGAUAUUUCUCAAAAUGUUUCAGAACCGAGAAAUAUUUUAAUGAUUGUUCAAAAACUAUAUAUAGAUAAGUUCUGUCGUACUAAAAGUUACCGGAUGAUUUAAGAAUGUAAUUUUUUUUCAAUUCGCGUUUUAAUCGACUAUUUUUAAUAUCACUCAAAAACAUUUUCAUACAUAUGUAGGGAUGAAAUAAAACAUUAAAAAUAUUUAUUUUUUUUCUGUAAUUGAUAAAAAGUAUAUUUUAAUAUCGCUUAUAGGUAGGUACCACGGAAUGUUCACGAUUAUCGGUAAUUUUCAAAUAUCAUUUCGAAUAUGUUUUUUUAUUUAAAAUAUUUAAAAAUUGUUUAUUCUUUUAUUAUUGUUAAUAUAAUACUUUUGUUAUUUAUGUGUAUGUAUAUAUUAUAUAUUAUUUAUUUGUUGUAGGUGAUUCAAAGGAGAGACGACAUUGCCGAUCCGAUACGCGAGAAUUUCAACAGAGACUGGACCGAUUAUAAAAAUGGAUUCGGCGACCCGACUAAAGAAUUUUGGAUGGGCAACGAAAAUAUUUACAUGCUGACCAGCAACGACGAAUACAUGUUGAGAAUUGAAUUAGAAGAUUUCGAAGGAAAUAGGAGGUAUAUUAUGAUUUCGUUUAAACGUCUAAAACAAUAUUUUGGAUACAAAAUGUACCUAUAGGUAUGCUUGGCGUAUGUACUUGCAAAAAUAAUAGGAUUUUUAUGCUAUACUAAUAUUAAAAAUAUGAACAUUUGUUUAUAUCUAUGUUUUUUAACGCUCAGCUUCAUAACGGCUGAACGGAUUUUCUUAAAAUUUGGUAUAUAAUUACACUUCAGAUCUUUGAAUAGGAUACAGGACAUUUUCAUCCUGAAAAACAUAUGGUUUCUAUGAAAUAGUAACCUAAUCUAUAACCAACACAAUAAAAAACGUCACAUUUUCGUUGAUAAAUAAUCCAUGUUAAGAAUUUCCAAUUUUUCUUAAGGGGUGAAUAACAAAAAAAUCCUUUUUCCAUUUUUAUUUUUUUCAAAUUUGACAGGUCUAAAAUAUAUUAACAUCAACACCAUCCACAAAAUUAAGUAAAUAAACCCAUUUUUCUAUUUUAUCGUGAAAUGCAAGUUAAUCAUAGUAUAUAAACUCAUAUUUUCAUUUUAAAAGUAUGUGCAAGCAACACAAUUGGUGUACGUAUUAUUAUCUAUGAUAUUUAAUUUUGUUGUCACUUUCAUACUUAUUAUGUACUAAUUUACCGCGCAUUACAAUUAUCGGAUAAUACAACUAAUAAACUAUAAAUUAUUUUAAUAUUAUAUAGGUAUACAACAAUUAAAAAUAUUAUUCGAAUUAAAAAUCAAAAGGUUUUAUGUCAAUUAAUAAAUCUUACACAUAUUGCAUCGCGAUUCGCAGUUGGGCAUACGUCUACAAAGCAGUGUAUUUACGAGGGGGUAGAGGAUUUUCACCCUUUGUCACAGAGGCAUAUAACGUAGUUUAUAAUAUUAAUGAGUUUGGUAGGAUUUAAGUGGACUUGUCUGUUUAAAUUGUGAUAAUAUAGCACCCUCCCUCCUCCCAAUAAAAACUAAUGGUUUGUUCGAACGAUAAUGUUAAACUGAUUUCGUCCGUUUUUAUUUUUAGAUACGCUCAAUAUUCACAUUUUAAAAUUUACUCAGAAUCUGAAUACUACAAGUUAGAGAUUGACGGAUACGAGGGAAAUGCCGGAGAUUCGUUGAACGAUCCGUGGUACGGAAGUAACAAUAGUCCGUUCUCUACGUACAACAGGUUUGCAAGAAUACGAAAAUGAUUUUACAAUAUCAUUUUGUGUGUUGGCUCUAUGGUAAAAAAAAUUUUAUUUUUAGAGAUAACGACAGAUCCAGUUUGAACUGUGCAUCGAUGCUGAAAGGAGGAUGGUGGUGGAAGUCUUGCGGCAGAGGACUCAAUGGAUUGUAUUUAAAUGACCCGCAGGAUUUAACGGCGAGACAAGGUAAAUAAAUAGGCAGCUUAACGAUCAUGACGAAAAUAGUAAAUUGUUAUGAUUUCGCGAUCCUAUUAAGAUACGACCACUGGUUGAAAAAAUAUAAAAAAAAAUGUAUUCGAAGGGAGACGUCCGCAUAAUAAUUAUACACACACUUACUGAAAAAAAAACAAUAUUUUACGCGCAUCCUGUUUCAAGUUUUUAUUGCUUUAGUACUACUUAAUUAAAACUCUCAAGCGUGAACAUUUGUUUAUAAUUUUUAGACAUUUUAUGUGCAUAAAAGCAACUAAUAAGCAAUUUAUUUUUGAGAAAGUCAUAUUUACGAAGAAAGUAUCUAGGUGGGUAUCUAAUACCUACAGCAUUAACGUAACCUAUUUUUAAAUUAAUCAUAAUAACCGUUAGGUGUAUGAAUGUUGCAAAUAUUGUAAUCAGAUAAAAAAAAAAUAAUAAUAAUUACGUAUUAUACAAUAUAAUAUUAUAAUAAGUAAUAAUGUAUACGAGUAAUUAUUGUAGUGUGACUCACACGGAGCAUUUAUAAUUUAUAAUAUAUUUUGGUAGUUAGAUACUCCAUAGAAAAAAUCAAUUUUAGUCUUCAUUGGCGUGUACGAAAAUAUUGAAAAUUGAUUAAAUAAAAUAUUUUAUUUAGAAACAAUAACGAAUUUUUACAAAUUUAUUGAUUUAUAUAACCCAAAAUAUAUAUUUUUGAAGUACAUAUAGGUACCUACCUACGAAUACUUGUAAUAAUUUUUCCCUUGAUACAUAUUUCAAAUGCAUUGCGAUCAGUGGCGUGUAUGAUAAUUUUCAAAUGGAGGACCGUAGAAGAGGAUUUUGAAUAAUAACAAUCAUAAAUAAUAAAUGGUAUAACCUUCUUCCAAAGGUACCUGUAAGAACUAACCUGACAAUGUAAAUUUAAAAACCAAUUAUAUAAAUUCAAUUUGUAUUUAAUAAAUCAGGCUUUUCUUUAUAAUUUGGCUGAAAUAUAUAUAUAUUAUACAUUUAGGAGAUGAAAUUACUUAAUACAUGUAAAUGAAUCUAUGUAGAUAACCGUGAUAGACACUCAUAGCUGUUUUUUAUAUUUUUAAACUAAUAGGGAAGGGUAUAUAACUUAUAACCUCCACUCGCGCACGCUUGAUUACCAUAAUAUUUAAUCGUAAAACUGUUUAACACAUAUCUUUUUACUUAUAUUAUUAUCGAUAAAUUAUAUAUUUUUUUUUUUGUUCCGGUAUAUUUAGGUAUCGUGUGGUUCCGUUGGAGAGGAUGGGAUUACACGCUGAAGAAAGCGCAAAUGUUAAUCAAACCAAAGGUCACGGUUAUUCCGCCAUUGCCCGUCGUAAAUGCCGUGUAAAA